GUUAUGACUUCUUGUUUUGCUUACUUGCUCAACCCCGAAGCCGGCAGGGUUUAAGGUCUGAAAUCUUAACUCAUCAAUUAUUACCGCACAAAACGAAUUGGGAGUAAUUGACAUAAAAUGUAGUUGAGAAUUUAGAGAGAGCUCAUGGAAAGUACAGAAUAUUUUAGAAGUUAGCAGUUCUUUUGUACACGGUGUGUUUUCCCAACUGCCGGGUAGGCGACUCAAGGAAUGGAAGACGAUGGAGACCCGGGGUCCGACGAAGUUCGGAUUAUCCGUGAAUCCAGUCAAGACCUAAGAAACCUGGUGGGAUUCAAACUGUACAGGCGGAGAUGGUUCAUUUUAUUUGUUCUCUGCCUGUUAAACUGUUCAAACGCAAUGUUAUGGCUGAGUUUUGCCCCAGUGGCAGAUCAGACAGCCCAGUAUCUGGGGGCCUCUCUGGACCAGGUCAACUGGCUGUCUCUUGUCUACAUGGUGGUGGCCAUCCCUCUCAGCUUUGUCACAACAUGGAUGCUGGACACCCUGGGCCUCCGGAUCUCGCUGAUUCUGGGCUCCUGGCUAAACAUGGCAGGAAGUGGCCUGCGUUACCUCAGUGUCCUGGAGAGCCUGCCGGCUGGCGUGAGGUACUUCCCCCUGCUGAUGGGCGGUCAGACCCUGUGCGCCCUGGCGCAGACCCUCGUCAUCUUCUCCCCCACCAAGCUGGCCGCGCUCUGGUUCCCCGAGCACCAGAGAGCCACCGCCAACAUGGUCGCCUCCAUGUCAAACCCAGUUGGACUUCUAUUCGCCAACAUUUUCUCUCCCAUGAUCGUCGGAAGUGACAACAACCUCCCUUUAAUGUUAGGAAUCUAUGCCAUACCAGCACUCGUCGUCUGUAUCCUAGCAACGCUGGGGAUUCAGGAAAGCGUUCCCCCAUCUCCUCCCUCAGCCAGCGCUGAGACCGCCAAUUCAGAGCCCUUCCUGCAGGGAAUUAAACUGCUGCUGAAGAACAAGGCCUACCUGAUCCUGCUGCUCUGUUUCGGUUCUGGGAUAGCCGUCUUCACGUGCUUCACCACCUUGCUGGAGCAGAUCCUGUGUGUCAAAGGAUAUGCAAAUGACUUCGCCGGGUUAUGCGGAGCACUCUUCAUUUUGUUCGGCGUAGUUGGCGCCUUCUUCCUUGGGCUGUACGUUGACAAGACAAAGAAGUUCAUCGAGGCCACAAAGAUCAACAUGUCUUUCACAGCUCUGGCCUGCAUUGGGCUUGCAGUGGUGUCUCAGCUGCGGGAUCAGAAAGCUGCAGUGGCUGCUAUGUGUUCGCUUUUUGGGUUUUUUGGAUUCUCCAUAUAUCCAGUUGCCAUGGAGCUCUCAGUGGAGUGUUCCUACCCUGUAGGAGAGGCUUCCUCGGCUGGCCUGCUGUUUAUAUCUGGGCAGGUCCAAUCCAUCGUCUACAUUAUAAUUCUUCAGGCUCUUACCCAGCCAUUGGCAGAUUCCCCCUUCUCCACAUGUGCUGCUGGGGGAGAUUCAGCCUUGAGCUGGAGGGUGCCAGUGCUGGUGAUGGCUAGCCUGUGCAGCCUGGGGACCUGCUUCUUCGUUAUCUUCUUUCACACGGACUACAGGCGGCUCCAGGCUGAGGCUGGUGCCACUCAAGGGGUGGGGAGAGCCAGAUCGCUGAACACAGAAGACAGCGGAGAGGUGGAGUAGGGCAGAUGGAGAGAAAUCUUCCUUCAAGAUUUGUGACAUUUAGAUGUAAGAGGCGCCAGUGUUAUUCUGUGGGACCAAUCAUCCUCAUAGGAGUGUGUAACACAUGCCCAGACUCUUGGUACAGGUUUACUGCUUGUUUCACUGUUAGAUAGCUGUUGGAUAGAUUUAUAAAUUUUUUAAUAAAAACUCAACUUCCUCAGGCAAAAAAGCAUACUAAGACCUAUGAUGUUUGCCAUUUAGUCAUCCUAGAUCUUGUAUGGUAUGUGUUGCACAAAAAAGGGGACCAGUUACGUUCACAAAGCACAACAGUUUCGGAGUCACUGCAGUUUGUUUCAAAGAUAUAGCAGCGGUGUCACUGGGACUGAGACAAGGUACAAGUUUGACCAGACUUUCACAAACGGUAGAUUUCCUCCAAAGACCACUGGAAAGAAUGAAUGUCAAAAGUGUAUCAUUUUCUAAGAAUUUACUUAACCAAUGAGCGUUUAAGCUCUUUUCCACUAGCCUGGUUUCUGUCUCAUCUCAAACAGAAUGUUCUCACCAUGGGUGUUUCCGACUACCUCAAGUUCCGUUAACCUGCUUUGUGUGCCGCAAAGUUGUCUUUAUGUUUUAUCCUAAAACAUUUUCUUUUAGAUGGCUGAACACUUAAUGAUCUUUUAUUCCUGUAUUAGUACAGCAACGUUUGCUGUAAUUAAUGUCCUUCUUUUGUA